GUGGCUAUUUAAACCCCUUUCUGCAGGUCCAGGUGCAUCGGAGCUGAGGACUGAAGAGCCAUGAUGUUCCUCCUCCUGCUGCUGCAGCUGGCAAGUGCUGUUGUGCCUUCCUUUGGUCAGAAUGCCAGCGGUUCGAUCAACAACAAUGGCAUCUGUGAAUGCUCGGUCAUAUUGCCGGACAACACCUUCCCAGUGGUAAGGAUGGAAUAUUUGGAAAGAACAUCACGGAAACUCAAUAUCAGCGUGCAACUUGAAAUUAGCAAGGUGAGGGAAUACACACACACUAUGUCGGUGUACGCGUCCAGGCUGGUGAACCUGACCCGGCGUGUGGAGAGGAUCGAGACCGGGGGCUCCUACACCCAGCUCGACUUUGAGCUGCUCAAGCUGGAGAUACGAGAGCUGGUGUCCCUCACCUCCCAGCUGAAGCUCACACUCAACGGCAGCAACACCAUCAUCAACCAGCUCUACAAAGAGAUUGAGAACAUAUCGCUCACCGUCAGUAAGUUGGAGUCGUACGAUAAACUCAACGUGCUGGCGAUCCGUCGGGAGAUCUCUUCGCUGAGGCUGAGACUCAGCGACUGUGAGGAGGAUCGAGCUGCCUCCACACCCAAGCCCAUCGACUACGGAAGCUGCCAACAUGGCGGUCUACUCAACAUAUCUGAGCCGUUUGUGAUACAGCUGAACUGGAAAGGAUCUGGUUCUAAGUACGGAGGCUGGGGCAAGGAUUCUUCACCUCUGCCCACUAAAGAGGCCCUCUACUGGGUGGCACCACUACUGAACGAACAGAUACUGACCACCUUCAGGCUCUACGCUUCAUUCGACGAGCUACUGCUCACCAGGAACCCGAUCGAUAAAAACCUGGUGAUUCCUGGCCGCCGCCCAAGCUAUGUCAAGACAGGGCAGGGCAGUGGGAUGGUCUUGUACAAUAACUCCUUGUAUUACAACUGUUACACCAGUAGGGACAUGUGCAGGUAUAACGUAGACACCAACGUACUCGAGAGACAGACUCUGGUUGGGGCAGUCUUUAAUAACAGGUUCUCAUACCAGGGUGUGAAGUACCAGGACAUGGACUUUGCGGUAGAUGAGUCUGGAGUAUGGGUUAUCUACUCCACUGAAGAAAAUGCUGGCAAUAUAGUUAUUAGUAAGCUCAACGUGACCUCCUUCACUGUAGAGAGGACAUGGAUCACCAAGCAGUUCAAACCUGGCGUCUCCAGUGCCUUCAUGAUCUGUGGGGUGCUGUACGCCAUUAGACCUGUCAACACAAGGGUGGAGGAGAUUUUCUUUACAUUUGACACCAGGACCAGUGAGGAAGGUAGGAUCUCUAUAAAGAUGAAUAAAAUGCUGGAGCUUCUGCAGAGUGUCAACUACAACCCAUCCGAUCACAAGCUGUACGUGUACAAUGAUGGCUACGAGGUGACGUACAAUGUGAUAUUUAAACCUUAUGCCCCUCCAGCCAACAAAAGAUAAUGCCAAUACAUCAACAGCCUCAACUACCUCCUCCGGCAGCUCGUUCCAUACACCCACCAUCC